AGUGCAGAAAAUUUGCACUGCUUUUAGCAUGAACUCAUGAAGAUAAUGUAAGGGAGCUGUCCAGAAAUGUGGUUCUGAAUGUUGUGGGCUGUAUAUGGUCUUGAAAACUCAAUACUCUUUCCGUGUUGGGGUUUAACCUAAUCUACAUUGCUUGAGUCAGAACAUUAAUAUCUCUUUAAGAUAUGUAAUCUGGGUGAAAAUAUGAGUAGCAGCCGAACUGCAGAAAUGGGUUUACUAGACUUAUUAAAGAUUUAUUAAUAGCAUAACCUCAAAGUUAGAGAAGUCUCUUUUAGGUACUAUAUAAUACUUUAUUUGCUAACUUGCAUAAAUAUGAUCUUGUGCAUAGAAUUUAAAAAAUGUUUUCCACUACCUGUUUGGAUCACUGCUGUGGUCUCGCAAAAAAUCGUAUAUCUUCAAAACGUUUUAGGUUAGAGAAAAAGGCAUUUUAGCAUUUUAACUUCUAACCAUAUUUAUAAAGAUGUAUAUGAAAAUAACAACUGAUCUAUUUUAAAUAGGAUUACUCGCUACAUAGUUUUCUUGUUUUUUCUUGUAGUAAAAUGUGGAAUCGCACGGUGUCAGUGUAAACUAAAAGAACGCUUCUGACGCGUUUGACUCCCAAACUGAACCACCUCAUCAUUUUGUGGCACAUCUUUUUACACGGCUCAUCGUCACACAGGCAGUGCAUUUCAGUGUUCAUCGGAUUAGUAAUUUAAAUUUAAUGUGAUGAAGUGAAUGAGAACUAAUAUGGGAAUUCACUGUGUGGACUGUCUCUGCUAACGUGGACGGACUCUGGAAUAAUUUCUCUUAAAAUGGAACAAAGGCGUUCCGCAUCAUGGCGACUGAAGCUGGCUUGUGCAGGAUUGUUACUUUUAUUUUGGAGAGGGGUCUUUGCACAGAUACGAUACUCGGUUGUUGAGGAACAGAGGAAUGGCACUGUUGUUGGAAACAUCGCAAAGGAUUUGGGUAUUGAUCAGAGAACUUUAAAAGAACGAGGAUUUCGUAUCGUAUCGACGACAGGGGAACCUCUGUUCAGGGUAAAUCGGAAUGACGGAGUCUUGCACGUGAAUGGGAAGAUAGACAGAGAGGAGGUGUGCGAGAGGAGCAGUUCGUGCUUGAUUAAUCUAAAAAUCGCACUUGAAAAUCCUCUGGAGAUUCAUUAUGUAACAGUUGAGAUAGUUGAUAUAAAUGAUCAUGCACCGAUUUUCCCUGAGAAAGUAAAGCGAUUGGAAAUCUCAGAAAUCGCCGUAGCUGGUGCGCGUUUCCAGCUUCAAGGUGCACGCGAUGCAGACAGUGGAGUAAAUUCAGUACAAAUAUAUAAACUUAGCCAAAACGAACAUUUUCGUAUCGAGGUUAGGGACCGUGGUGAGGAUGGAAAGAUGCCCUUUUUAAUUUUGCAGAAAUCAUUGGAUAGGGAAACCUGCGCUAGACAUAAGCUCCUCCUUACCGCACUAGACGGCGGGAGACCCCAGAAAUCGGGUACUAUGGAGAUAAUUGUGGAUGUCAUAGAUAUAAAUGACAACGCGCCCGUUUUUACAAAAGACACGUAUUCUGCAAAGCUUAGCGAAAAUGCUCCUAUUGGCACAAGAGUGAUUCAAGUUAAUGCAACAGACUUAGACAAUGGUCCCAAUGGUGAGGUGUUUUAUAUUUUUGGCCAGGACGUGGACAGUAAUUUGCGUCGAGUUUUUGACCUAGAUCCAGUUACAGGCGAGAUAGUUGUGAAAGGACCAAUAGACUUUGAACAAAAAUACCAAUAUGAGAUUGAUAUCCAGGCAUCAGAUAAAGCAACAGUACCACUGACCACAGAUAAGAUUAUCCUUAUCCAAAUUGUUGAUGUAAAUGACAAUGCGCCGGAAAUUGAAGUGACGUCAUUUUCAAUCGCAGUACCUGAGAACUCACAUUCUGGAACAACAGUGGCAUUAAUUAGUGUAAGUGAUGUGGAUUCUGGAAUGAAUGGGAAAGUGUCCUGCUCAGUACCUGAAGAUAUACCUUUCAGUUUAUUGCAAUCCUCACAGGAGAACAUUUAUUCAUUGGUAACUAAGUCAUCACUGGAUAGAGAGAAAACAUCCCAGUAUGACAUCACAUUUAUUGCUAAAGAUGCAGGACAUCCACCAUUAUCCUCCAUUAAAACUCUCACUGUGUUCGUUUCUGAUGUAAAUGAUAACAGCCCAGAGUUUUCCUUAAACCCUUACACUUUUUAUGUACCUGAAAAUAAUGUACCCGGUAUGUCGAUGUUCUCUGUGUCUGCUCAUGAUCUUGACUUAGACGAAAAUGCUAUAAUAAGCUACCACAUUUGGAGAGACCCUGCUCAAGAAAAUAAGCAUUCAUCUUUUCUAAAUAUAAACCCUGAAACUGGGGAGAUAUACGCACUAAAAAGUUUUGACUUUGAAACUAUUAAAUCAUACCAGUUCUAUAUUGUAGCUUCAGAUUCAGGAACUCCAUCACUUAGUAGCAACGUCACAGUAAAUGUGUUCAUACUGGAUCAGAACGACAACGUUCCAGUGAUCUUGUAUCCAGUCAGCUCUAAUGGAUCUGCUGAAGGUGUGGAGGAGAUUCCCCGCAAUGUGAACGCAGGACAUUUAGUGACCAAAGUGAGAGCCUAUGAUGCAGAUAUAGGAUACAAUGGCUGGCUAUUAUUUUCACUACAGGAAGUGAGUGACCACAGUCUGUUUGGUUUGGACCGCUAUACUGGACAGAUAAGAACCCUCCGCUCAUUCACAGAAACUGAUGAAGCUCUGCAUAAACUGGUCAUACUGGUCAAAGACAAUGGCAAUGUGUCACUUUCAGCUACAGCGACUGUGAUGAUCAAAAUUGUAGAACCCAAAGAGGCUUUUGCUGCUUCUGAUGUUAAAAGCUCAGUACAAGAUGAGGAAGACAAUGAUGUUACAUUUUAUCUGAUCAUCACUUUGGGCUCAGUCUCAGUGCUUUUUGUCAUCAGCAUCAUUGUCCUGAUCGUGAUGCAGUGCUCCAAAUCUACAGACUAUUCCUCCAAAUAUUUACAAGAUACAAAUUAUGAUGGGACACUGUGUCACAGCAUCCAAUACAGAUCAGGAGAUAAACGCUACAUGUUAGUUGGACCCAGAAUGAGUAUUGGUUCUACUAUUGCCCCAGGCAGUAAUAGGAAUACUCUAGUUGUGCCAGAUCGCAGGAGAAGAUCAUUUGGAGAGGUAAGAUUAAAAAGGAAUAGUUGCCAAUAAAUUCCAAAACUAGAAUAUGCAUCAUAAAUGUAACUGUGCAAAUUAAUUAUGCAAACAUAAAUCUAGAACAUUAAAGAUAAAAAAGAAUAACUGCCAAUAAACUCCAGAUCUGGAACC